UCGUGGGAAAAGAGAGAAACAAAAGAUGUCAGACCUGCCGCAGGAGCGACUAAGCACUUCACCACCCUUUACCUACACUGGUGUGGACAUUUUCGGUCCUUGGGCCGUGAUAGCCAGGCGCACAAGAGGAGGCAUGGCUCAGAGUAAGCGUUGGGCCGUUUUCUUCACUUGCAUGAGCACACGUGCAGUCCACAUAGAAGUGAUAGAGUCUUUAGACACCUCUUCGUUCAUCAACUCCUUGAGGAGAUUCUUUGCAAUCCGAGGUGCUUCUGAUCACCUAUACUCAGAUUGUGGAACCAAUUUCGUUGGUGCUUGCAAAGAGUUGGAGUUCCAAAAGGUUUUGUCAAAGUCAGAAGUUCAGAGAUACACCAACAAUCGCGGAUGUACAUGGCAUUUCAAUCCACCUCACUCCUCGCACAUGGGCGGUGCGUGGGAACGCAUGAUAGGAGUUGCAAGGAGAAUCCUAGACUCAAUGCUGAUGCGUACUCCCUCCUCCAGUUUGACCCACGAAGUCCUGUGCACCCUGAUGGCGGAGGUGACAGCCAUCAUCAACUCUAGACCGCUUGUCUCUGUCUCUUCAGAUCCUGACGUUCCUCAGAUACUUACCCCAGCAAUGCUUCUCACUCAGAAGCAGAGUGUUCCACCUCCUCCAGGGACGUUCACUGAGAAGGACCUGUAUAAGCAACAGUGGCGCCAAGUGCAAAGAUUGGCUGACCAAUUCUGGAAUCGUUGGAAACGCGAAUACUUGCAGACACUGCAACUUCGUCGUAAAUGGCAAGAGUCCAGCCCAAACAUCGAAAGAGGUGACGUUGUCUUGAUGAAAGAUGAUCGUACAUGCCGGAACGAUUGGCCCAUGGCUCUUGUGACGAACACCUUCCCCGGCGGUGAUGGAAACGUCCGCAAGAUCGAGAUCCGGGUCGUCAGAGACGGAGUGGCCAAAGUGUUCCUCAGGCCUAUAACGGAGUUCACAUGUGGGGAAAUUUGAUCCAGCGACAUCUGCCUUUUCUUUGUGCCGUCGACACCACCGUCUGUAAGUUUUCAUUUGUAUUGAAUUGUAGGAUUGUAUUUUAUGUAUAUUUUGUGGAAAUAUUUGCUAUAGACGAAUACUUUAGUAGUUGUGUGCUAACGCUAAUGGAUGUGUAUUGGAAUCUAAUUUUGUUGUGCUAAUGAUGCUAGGCUAGGUUAAUUUUAGCUAUGUUAUUUGUAUUUCAGUUUUACUCCAUGAGGAAAUACUAAUUAAAAGGAGUUGGACGCUACAUCCUGACUUCGCGCGUGAUUUCAAGUGGAGUUAGGCUACUGCUGAAUUGUGUAGCAUAUACACACAAGGAGAGCAGGAUAACAUGAGACACAUAACCGAAGAACUAAUCCCUAAACACGAAUAAACAGAAACAUAGAAUUCUAAUAAUGAUCAAACCACAAGAGUCAGAAUAUAAUACAAAAUAGAAAAUUAAACCAAAACAUGAGAAUUCAAAAUGCUGGGUCAAAAUGACCCAGAAACAUGACAGCUUUUGCCCCUUUUUUCAGAAUAACCUCAGCUUUCAAUACCUGGCAGCCAUUUUAUAUUAUUUUAUUGUUAUGAAAGUGAAACAACAGUUUAAAGUGAAAAAAAACCCCAAAAAACGAACUUUGCUUUUUGAGAUUUAUAAUUAAGUGGAAACUGAUAUUCAACAUUAACAAAAUAUAACACAACAUCAACUUUUGCAAUAUGAACAUAAUAAAUAUGUACAAAAGAGGUUUUUAGCCUUGCUCACUCAGUUUUUCAUUUAUUGGCCUUUUUAUAUUACAAAUGUUCAGGUGUUUUUGGGCCUGUGUGAUAGACCCUGAAGCAGUUCCUGGAGUACCUGGAGACAGAGACCCACAUUGCACUGCUCACACUGCCAGGGAGUUUUUCUUUUGCACAGAGUGCACUUUCACCUUCCUUGGGUGGCCAUGUUUGCCUUUGACUGUCCUUCCCUGCUGCUUGUGGGGACAGCAAAAUGGUUGGAGCUGUGUGCUGGUGGGCAUCCCGAUUUCAGAGAAACACCAAGGAGAUGAGCACAUAAGUCUUCCUGGAACUCCUGGCGACUCUGCUACUUCUGCUGCUGUUUGGCACAUAAUUCUUUAUGAAUUAUAUAGCUGUUGGUCACACCAAUGUCCAGGAAAUGCUGGAAAACCGUAAU